GUCAAAUAUCAAUACAUGUAAACAUAGUUAACAACGAGAUAUUGACGCAAAACGCAACUUAAACAAUUCUCAGAUAGUAAGACUUAAAGGAAGGAGUGUUUUAUGCCAAACUGUAUCUGCAUUAAGUUUACACCACUUGUUCCUUUAAUAACAUAACAAAAUGAAGUGACGUACGUCUUCAGACAUGAUCCAUCUGACAGUUUAAAUAUAUCCGUUUGCGUCUUUCCUGAUCCGUCGAUAACCACAGGGGACCGAUAGUGAGAGCGGUUGUCAACAUGCACCAAAGGUGAUAAUGAAUUUAAUAUGUUGAAAGAAUCUCCUGCGGCGUGGUUCUGUAGACUGAGCAGUUAAUCGGAUACAUUUUAUUCAGAGGCUGCAAAAUCAAUUUAUUCCACAAUUUUCAUUUUUGCAAAAGUGUAGUGGAGUAGAGGAUAUUAUGCCGGUAAAAAUGCAGAGAUCUAGUGACAGGGGGAUGGAUAAUCUUCUGUGCACUUCUUUUCAGGCCAUAAAUGAGUACAAUCAAUCGCAUCUGGUGUUUGAUUUGUACAUGGCGGUCAUUUCAGGAGAAACUCAGUUAGUUAGGAAUAUUCUGCUUUCCCAUCCAGACGUGGAUUUCAAUGUUCUUGUGAAAGGAGCAACAGUACUGUCACUGUCGCUCUACAAGCGACACUUCGACAUUUUUGGCUUGUUAAUGAGGCAUAGCGAGAAAAGCAGAAAAUUGAAGUUGAACAUAUGCAGCAAAGAUCAUCUGAAUCGUAUUGAACCACCCAUUAUCACAGCUUGCAGAAUGCAUUUUCUAGAAGGUGUGGUGGCUCUAGUGAAUGCAGGAGCCGAUUUGGAUGCAGUGGACAAUAAUGGUCACACAGCAUUGUGGGUAGCUUCUCGACAGCAAAUGCCAGAUCUUGUGGAGUAUCUCAUCUCAAAUGGUGCUAGUGUUAACAAAACUGACCGUUUUAAUUACACCCCUCUUCUCACUGCCUUGACCUACCGAGUAAGUUCAAUCAUCACCAAGACUCUGAUCUUGCAUGGAAGCAAUCUGGAAGGUCCGAAAGUGUCCAUCAUGGCUCAGCAAACCCCGCUUUUCUGGGCAGCCAAGAGUAAAAAUAUUGAAAUUGUUCGUUUAAUUUUGUGUGCAGGACUACCCACUUCGGAAAUCAAGAGUGUUCACAGAGCGUUACUGAUGGAUGGAGAACUGGACACUCAAAUUUUGACCCUGUUGAAUUCAGAAUACCAGAGGCCGCCACUUCUUCGACAGAUUUGUCGGAGAGUAGUGAGAAAUACAGUCAGCAAAAGCUGCAAAGGAAAAGACUUCAUCAAGCAUAUAAAUGCUUUACCAUUGCCAGUCAUCAUGAAACAAUAUCUGACCUUAAGAUAAAUUCUUUUAUGUCUUUGAUUAGAUAUUAGCUAUAUCUAUGUGCUUCAAGUACAAUGUAAAAAUUUAGAAUUAGUGGUGUUUGUUGAUAAGUAUGCAUGUUAUAAUCUUGCCUAUGAAUUAAUUAAGUCUUUAAAAAUUGUCAAUUAUUUAUAUGUUGGCAAAUGAUUUUUUUUUGAAUAGCAAUUUAUUUACAAAAUUGUUUCUAUUUUCUUUUUAUGAAUAGAGAUUAAUUAUUGAGUGUUCAUUUACAGAAAUAUACUUGUUAUUUCCUAGUCAUACAACAAAUGUUAUUUUCAAUAUUAACUCUCUGUUAUAGUAUUUUAUUUUGAAAUAAUUAUUGCAGAUUUUUAUCAGUUUCAUAUAGCAAUUAAAAAUUACAUCAUUGAUUAAUUAGCUUAUUAAUUUCACACAUUUACUUAUCAUGCUUAUUAAAUAGAGUUUAGUAUUUAUGAACAUUCUAAAUCAAUGGAUUCAACACAUGUAUGACCUUUUUUUACCAUGAACUUUUGCAAUUUCUUGUCUGUUGCCAAUUAUUGAAAGAGCAUUUCAGAGCUUUAUGAUGUCCAUCAUUUAAAAUGAUGUGCAGUAAGAGUUUAAGUGUGUUUUGGUCAUUAUAAUCAUUUGAUUGUAAAUCUUAUCUUUUCAACCCCUAGCUUUCUUGCAAAACAUAUCAUUAAAAUGAAUGAAAAAAUGCUAAAUCCGUAGGAAAAUGUUCUAAUUAUUUGCCCUAAUUAAGUUCAGGUACCAGUAUUCACCAUAAUAUCUGUAUAUAUAGAGAAGUUAAUGAGUAUAUAACUGUAAAGGAGUUGAUGAGUACUGUAUCUUAAGACAAACGUAAGGCAAAGAAGUGCAGGAACUUAAAAUGUCAUAGCCCAAAAAUAACGGUGUAGACAUAUCACGUAACACCACACAAAACCACUUAUGACUGAAGGAAAACCUUCCCACACAAUGCACACAGAUAUACAUGUAUACUGUACCGAUUCAUGCAAAUUAUUUAAGAGGCAGAGCUUAUUAUAUCACUAGCAGUCAUGUGCAAAUGCAUAACCGGUAGUCUAGUACUUGGCUCUCUCUUAGGGGAUAGGUAUAAUUUGCAGAUCUGCAAUUUUUUCCCCCCAAACCCCUAAAAUCGACCUCCUAUUGCAUAUGUUCACACAAUCUCCCAAUUUGAACUCUUCUCUCACGUGUUCAUAUUCUGCAAAUGCCAUUAAAUGUUUAGUAUGUGUACUGUUCAUAUUUUUACCAAAAAUGUUCUAGAAAAACAGAUUUCUUUACCAAGACUGCGAAUUUAUAAGCAGUCUAAAUUGAAUUGUUUUAUUAGUAUCCCCUGAAUUCUACAAAUUAUUGCCAUUUUAAUUCAUUAUUCAUGUAUAUUUUGUGUCUGACACAUGCAAGCUGGAAGAUUUGAUUAAAAAUGCUGGAUGUAUCUCAGACGUCAUAAUUUUUUUCAAAAACUACCAAUAGGAGUUAAUGGAAUUUUUGAUAUUUAUAUCUAUAUAGAGCUGUUAUUCAAUGCUUUGAUUAUUUAUGACUAAUUACCUUAAAUGUUACAAAUUUUGUCCAUUUUAAGUAAGGGAAACUGCCCUUUUGUCACGUACAACUGUAUGUGCUAAUUAUUAAAAUGUAAGAGAAGUCGGCUAGUGCGUAAUUAAGAAUCAAUUUAACUUUAUUGAACUGUAAGCUUCGAUUUGAAAGUUUUUAUUGAGCGACUGCAGCUUGUAUGUUCUUGUGUUAAUUUUCAUUUCCUUUAAAAUAUUGUAAUUAAUGAAAGUUUUUGAUUUUUUUUAAACAAUGGUAGGUACUUGACCUACACUGCUAAAUCCAUUAAGUUUUUUACGAGUGAGAGUGGUAUAGGCAUUGAUGAGAAAGACAUUGUUACUGUUUUUUUAAUAAACUUUGCUGCUUUUAAACCCUGAGGCUAACCAGAAUGAAAGUAGAAGACUUGCUUUAAUAAGAAGAAUUCAAUCUCUAAAAAUUUAACAUUUUAAAUUAGAAAGUCUACAAAUAUGAUUUUCACUUUGAAAAAAAAAUACAUCUAGGAUGUUUACAUGCAUGAAAAUAAAGAAUGUACCGUAAUAACGACAUACAUGUAUUACCUGGUAAAAAAUUAUGGCCCUAAUAAUUAAAAUAUUUCCUGUCUUGCUUUGGGGAUGGUGCGUGUACUCAUUAAUAUAAAGCUGCAUGCUUCUGUUUGAGUGAAAUAAUCGGAUAUACGAGAUCAACAUUUUUUUUCCCAUAAAGUUGGUUAAACCAAUAAUUUCCUUGUUAGUUCUAAAAUUACUUAAACAUGGUUUGGCUGUGUGUUCAAAUGACAGGUAUCAAGACAUGGUGCUCAGUCAGUCUGGGAGAUAUAUGUUCAUGUAUAUACAUGACGAAAUAAAAUUAUGAAUUCAUUUCACACAAUGUGCAUUUUUUUCUGUUUGGAUUUGCAUGUCUCGUUUUAUUUUAUUAUGAUUUUUUGUUGUUGUAUCACAUUCAGGUGACAUUAAAAGCUUAAAGCUAAA